AGUGAAGCCUUGAUUUCCUCUAAAAGUACAUAAUUUGAAUAUAUUUUAAUUAUUAUAUUAUUUUUAUUAUUAUAAACAUUGCAAGUUUUUGUGUGACGUACAUACAAUAAGAAAAAUUAAAAUUGAUGCACUUUGAGAGAACAUGUAUUCAAACAUGCUUCGAAAUAAUUUAAAAAAUUUGAUAAAAAGUUGUCGGAGUGUACAACUUAAAAUAAUAGAUUCUGUUGGGACAAAUCAUAUAAUAACAAAUCAAAGAAGAUUUAAAAGUGACCUAUAUGAACCUGAUUACCUGAUUAGCUUACAACCUGAUGAGCCAGUCUAUGACUGUUUGAACUUGCAACUUAAAGGUUAUGAUUAUGCUAUAUUGGAAGCAUGCCAAAGUCAGAUCCAUAGAUAUGCUGAAGUGAUGGGAUUACAAGUAGAGGACUGUUGGGCGACACCUGCUCAGCAGUUAAAGGUACAACGGUUCAAGCCAAGUAGUACUGCUCUAGAUGCUGAAUACCAAUUGAAUGUAUAUGAGCGCAAUGUUCAGGUUGUUGAUGUUCCUGCAUGGGCUUUGGGUACUCUGCUUCGGGUAUCAAGGGCUCUUUUACCGGAGGGAUGCACUUUGAAUGUUCAUGAACACACUCCUGAACAUGAAGAGAUUAGAUAUGUGCCAGACAACCAACUUAUUGAUCUGAAACAGCAACUAGAAGGCAUGGGUGGCAGUCGUGCCGAUAAAAAGAAAAAGAGAUAAAAUACAGAGUAAUAGUUAGUUAUUUAGAGAAUAAUACUAGUAUCGUUUUUAUUAUUGCAAUAAACAUUGCCAUUGUU